AUGCCCAAGCCCAAGUUGAGCGUACAGAAGGAGCUCCGCAGCUUCGUUGGGCAAGUCUUGCGAGAAGGUGGAGAGGAUCACCUGCUCCAUCGAGGUAGGAAAGGAAAGGGCGGGAAGGGCAAAGGAAAGGGCAAGGGCGGAAAGGGCAAGAGCAAAGGCAAAGGAAAGGACAAAGGCAAGGCAGCUCGAAGUGGCAAAGGAAAGGCCAAGAGCGAGCAAUCAGGCAAUGCAUCCCCGGUUCCGCUGCAGGGGCCCCGUGCAUCCAGGCGGGUGCAGCGUCGACAGCAGCGCAAGGACAAGAAGGCGCGGCGCGCGCACUUCUUCGGUGGCCAUCGUCAUGCCGAGGCUGCUGAGGAAGAGGAGAACGGGCGGCCUGAUGCCACGAGCAAAGCAAAGAAAGCCCAAAUAGGCAAAGCAAUGAAAGCAGGCAGCAAGAAGAUGCGACGCAUGGAUGACGACGAUGAAAUCACAUCCGAGGAAUGUCAACUGGCGGAAGGUGAAGAGGGCAAGGACGCCGCAGGCACGGAGACGGCAGAUGCACAUGAAGGUUCCGCUCUUGAGAACAUGGAGUCAGAGAUGGAAGAAGAUGAUGCUGAAGUCGGUAGCUCUGACGGCAGUGGGCAGGGUGAGAAUCCCAGCGCUGGAGGAGAGCAUGAACAAGGCCGGUACAUCCCUCCGCAUUUGCGCGGCAAAAAGACGCAAGACACCGUGCAACUGCAGCACCUGCGCCAGCUGAGAGGUAUUUUGAAUCGUGUUUCUGAGGGGAACUUGGAUCCAAGCUGUAAUGAACUCGUGCAGCUGCUGAGCAAGCUGGUGCCGUCGGUGGGCUCUGCUGCAGCUGCUGAUGAGUUUGCAGAAGCUUUGUUGCAGGCGGCAGUAGGUGAUCCCAACAUUUCCGUCCUUGUCUUGGGCUGCUUUGCGGCAUUGGUGGCCGCUUGCCACGUACUUCUGGGGCCAGCAUUUGGGGCUGCAGCUCUCUUGAAGAGCGCGCAGACUCUCAAGGAUCGGAUGGCAGCUGCGGAGGAGAAUAGAGGGGAGAAGGAAAAGGAGGACAACGAGGAGGAGCUACAAAAUCCGGACGCUCGUGUUGCCAAGAACAGCAUCAUUUUCAAGAUGCUGCUUUUCAGUUUCGGAGUCUUGCCCGGGAGCGUUGUUUUCGACACUGUGCGAUUCGUUUUUGCUGGAUCCGCCUCGGAACUCUCAAUUGACCUAUCUCUUGCAAUACUACGCUAUGGCGGCCGGAAGCUACGAUCCGAUUGUCCGGAAGAUUUCCGGGCUGUUCUCAAUUUCGUUACGGCAGAAGCAAGCACUUCCAGAGACAAGUCUGAUGAUGGCUCCGAGAUUAAAUCACGCCUGGACUACCUGUUGCGAGAGUUGGCCGAUCUGAAGAACAACAAAGUUUCCUUUUCUGUGAUGGAUCGUUUCAAGCAAACCCAGGGAUGGCUGCAAACGGCGCCUAUGUUGGCAGGCAAGAAAGUUGAGGAGCAUGCUUUAGCAGUUCCUUUCCAGCUGAUGCAAGACGAGGCUCCUCCUAAUUGGCCCUUGCAGGGGGGCGCCUCGACCAUUUUGGCCAAAUCCAAAAGGGGCACUCUUGCCGACCCACUCAGGGAUGCUGCUGUUGCACAGCGCCUAACAUCCGAGUUGCGCCAGAGUCUUUUUGUAGCCCUUAUGGGGGCCGAGGAUUUUCAGGACGCAGCGGAGCGAUUGUCUUUGGCAGCAUCGGCUGCUAAGGCUGGCUGUGUUGAAUGCUGCAUCGUCCUUUUUCACUGUGCCAUUCGCGAGAAGGCUCCGAAUGCCUUUUAUUCUCAUGUCGCACAUGCUCUUUGUGGCCUGCCGGCCCCUGCAGGCAAGAGGUUCUCGCACGGUAUGAAAAGAGCAGCCGUGCAACAUAUACAGCAAGCGCACACCUAUGGAGUGCGAGCUGCAGUUUGCUUGGCCGAGUUAUGUGCUUCAAUGAUGGCCUCCAACAGCGUGAUGCUACCAGUUUCGAUCAUUCGCUUCAUGCGGUUUGGUGGCGACAACGAGGACGGUGGUGGCAGCCAGGGGCUGCGGGGAAUCUUGGGUUUGGUCUUACGACACAUGGUGGAAUCACUCCUCCAGCAGGUUCCGGAAUCGCAAAUAUCCCCACUCUUUGCGCCUCUCCGAAAGUACGAGGAUGUCCGCGAAGGAAUGCUUUUGAUUCUGGACGGUCAUGUUCGGCCGAGACUGCCUUCCGCGUCCAAGAAUCCAAUUGUUUGGGACAAGUUCCGAGCAGCGCGCAAGGAAGUUGUCACGAGAUCAGCGAUGGAUUGA